AUGGACGAGAAGGAUGAAGCCGACAAAGGCAGAUUUCAGAAUGAGCGUGGACUACCUUAUGGCCCAAAACCCAUACACCAGAACCAGGCGAUGUUUGAUACAUCUCAAGAUGGCGAGCUGGAGCAAAGCGAGACAGAAAUUCGCCAAGGACGGGGGCAUGGAGUGAACGUGUCGCAUGCUCCAUCGUGCGAACAAGAUCAAAAACAUAAACACGACGACACAAAUCAUGGGAAGCAGGACGAUGGGGAACGAGAAGUCACCGAUCCUGUUACACAUCUUCCAGUGAUGAUACAUGACUUUACAAGCCAGGAACUCAAAAACGCUCUUGAGAAUAUACCCCUAACUGGUAGCCAACAGCUGCGAUCGAGUAAAGUUGGAGGGAAGAGCAAGAUCCAGUCACAUAAAACGACGGAGGGCGAAGAAGCGCAUGCUGGUAUGGAGAGACUAUUUGCUCCAGGCGACGAGUAUGCGAAAACUGAGUUGAUCAGGACAUUCCGAUUCGCUGUCAACGUCGGAAUAGGAGUUAUUCUCUUGAUCAUGGCACUGAUUCCUUUUUUUGUACAUCUCUUCGACCUCAGCAAAGAGUUAUCGAGUUCUGAUAAGGUCAGUCGAAGACCAUGGGCUGAUGCCGUGUUGGCGACAAUUAUUUUGGAAGCAGUUGUGCUCGUCUUCGGGGUCUGGAGUUUUCGUCGUUGGGUAGAAAACAAACUUGAUGGCUUCUGGGUGGACCAGGCUUGGAAAGGCGAAGGGCAGAGUGAAAGGGAGAAAGCAGAUGCCAAUACACCUGAGUCGACACAAUGGCUCAAUUCUCUCCUGGCGUCAAUAUGGCCACUGGUCAAUCCGGAGCUUUUCGCUAGCUUGGCAGAUACUCUCGAGGAUUCCAUGCAAGCCAGCCUACCGAAACUGGUAAAUAUGAUAAACGUUGAAGACCUAGGUCAAGGAAGCGAAGCACCUCGCAUCUUGGGGGUACGAUGGCUUCCAUCUGAUGCAACUGGCUGCUCGGUCUCGGGCAGUGGGAAGCUUCACGGAGGAGGCGACUCCCAAGGAAGCACGGAAUAUGAAGAUAGCAACAGUCAGCAGGAGAACCAAAAGCCCAGCCAGUACACCAACGACGGGCCUCAAAAGGAGCAAGAACAGAACCUUAUGAAAGUCGUGGAAGCCGAGGAAGGAGACUUUGUCAGUCUCGAGAUUGCCUUUGCGUACAGAGCGAGGCCUGCAGGAAGAAAAUUGAGUACGAUGGCUAAGAAUGCUCACCUUUUUCUGGCCAUUUAUUUACCGACAGGUAUACGUCUUCCCAUCUGGGUUGAAAUACGGGGCAUCGUUGGGAUGCUCCGCCUCCGACUCCAACUCACACCCGAUCCUCCCUUCCUCGCUCAAAGUACUUUUACUUUAAUGGGACAACCAAAGGUCGACCUAUCUUGCAUGCCCGUGUUCAAGCAUGGGCUUAACAUCAUGAAUCUCCCGAUUAUUUCCAGCUUCAUUCAGACUUCGGUAGACACCGCAAUAGCCGACUAUGUCGCUCCCAAGAGCUUGACGCUAGAUCUCAAGGACAUCAUCAUGGCUGAGGACUUCAAGAAAGACACAAGCGCUCAUGGUGUGGUUGUCGUUCGGAUCAAACGAGCCACAGGAUUCAAGGGAAGUGCUACAGGCUUGUUUAGACUGAAGAAAGGGUCUGUGGAUCCGUAUGUCUCCCUCAGCUGGACCAAGUUUGGAAAGUCUGCGUGGGCGACCAGGGUGAUUGUAUCGGAAAUGGAGCCGAUCUGGGACGAGACUGGCUUUAUUAUCAUCGGCCCCAAGGAACUGAAUGCACAGGAAAGACUUAGAGUGCAGUUAUGGGACGCCAACCAGACUGCAGCUAACAAUGAUCUCGGCUUUAUAGAUAUUGGGCUCAACGAGGUCAUGCAAACCCCCCGCACGAAUGGAAAGAUGUGGGAUCGACGAGACGCGUUGCACAAACCCAGCACCGAAAGGGAUAUACCAUGCAUUCUGGAUUGGAGCGUGGGAUAUUUUUCUAAAAGAAGAAUUUCACCAACUCAGAUUGCCUCACAGACCGAUCAUCAGGGUGUUAAAAACGUCGAUUAUAUCAAGGACAAGACAGUAGAAGGGGCACCAAAGAAGCUUCCAAAAGCAAGCAGAGACGAAUCUCAUGAGAUUCAACAACAGAAAGUGCAAGACCUCAAGGCCAAAGAAGAUGAGAUAUUCAUCUCAUCUCCACCCUCCCCUGAUUAUUACAGCGGCAUAUUUGCAAUUCAGAUUCAUCAGAUCCUUGGUCUUGGAUUUAAAAAAGUGAAGAGGAACCAAGGGGACGGCGUUGGUGAAGACGAUGACCAAGCAGAAGGUGAUGACCUGCUCAGCAGCUAUUGCACCGUUAUAUUGAAUCACCAGAAAAUCUUCAAGACACGGACGAAACCUAAAAGUGCAAAACCAUCUUUUAACGUUGGAGCAGAAAGAUUCAUCCGCGACUGGCGGACAGCAGAGGUGAUACUUUCAGUGCGUGAUCUUCGGAUGCAUGAACACGACCCUUUGGUCGGAAUUGUUGUCUUGCCGCUUGCAGAGAUCUUCAAGCAAAGAUCUCAAAUCAAUGAUUAUUUCUCAUUAUCCGGCGGUAUUGGGCGUGGUCGCGUUCGUAUCUCGAUGGUGUUUCGGUCGAUACAGUUACAAGUACCUAGAGAACUCCUAGGUUGGGAAUACGGCACUCUCCAGAUUACGUCCGAUAUUAACUCAAAUGACUUGCCCAACCAUUAUAAGGGACUUGGAUUGAAACUGCAUACUUCAUUUCAGAGCGACCGAAUGAGGGUACAGCUUAAUUGCUGGAGUGGUCGUCAAGGUCAGCCAGUUGAACUGGCGGUACAGCGUCGUUACUGCUCCAGUCUUGUUAUUCAGUUUGUGGAAAACAUUCAUAUCCACCAUCAUAUUCCAGCAUUUGCUAUUCUGUGGCUCAAAGACAUACCCGAUGAUGAGGAGAAGACGGUGACCUUGCCAGUGUGGAAAGGUGACCUCAAGCGAGCAGAGGCUAACUGUGGACUGGAGAAUGGCGACAAACUCGGGCAUAUAGAAGUGCAUCUCAAAUUCCGGCCCGGCAUCAGCGACCAUCACAAGAAGCUUGCCUCUAAAGACAGGAAUCUAGAGGACGUUAUGGAAGUCCUUUGCAUCGCAAACGACAACAAAAUCAAGGUUUCUUUAGAGGAAGCCGCCUUCGACAAUGAUAACAUCUCAAACCAUGAAGAUGGCCAUCAACAUGAUCAGCCACAGACGGCUAGCAAGGAGCAUGAAGGCAAGCUACAUCGAACAACUCGUAAAGUUAUGCAGUGGAAGGUCGGUCUAUCUUCCAAUCUUCAAGUAAUUGCCGGAGCUAAUAUUUAUCAGAGUGCUCACACAGCGCAGUGA